AUGUUAGGUGGAGUAUUUGCUAUACAUUUUAAAACAAUUGCACCUGAACUUUCAUUUAAAUCUAAACCUGAACCGUGGAAAUGUGAGAGCUUGGAUAUUGCAGUUUUUCAAAGGUCUCAGGUUUUUCUGUUUGCAAUUGAAGAGAUAAAUAAAGAUCAAGACCUCCUACCCAACAUAACGCUUGGUUACAGAUUAUAUGACAACUGUAUGAACCUGCAGGUGUCUCUGAGAGCAGCAUCCACUCUGAUUGCUGGUUUGGAUGACACAAUGACUGAUUCUCAUUGCAAUGGACUCCCUCCUGUUGUUGCUGUUGUUGGAGAACCUGUCUCUACUCAUUCUAUUGCUAUUGCCAGGAUCCUGGGAAUUUUUAGCAUACCUCAGAUCAGUUACUGUGCAUCAUGUCCAUGUUUAAGCAAUAAACUGGAGUUUCCCUCAUUCUUUCGGACAGUCCCCAAUGAUGAUUUUCAGGUCAAAGCAAUGGCUGAACUUGUUAAGUAUUUUGGAUGGACCUGGGUUGGGGUAAUUGGAAGCAAUGAUGACUAUGGACUGUAUGCUAUUGCAAGCUUCACUCAAGAGGUUAACAAAUUUGGCUGCAUUGCCUUCUCAGAAACUGUUAACAUCAAUGAAAAGAAAACAGUGCUUCAGGUUGUCAGUGUUAUAAAGCAAUCAACUGCCAAAAUCGUUGUUGUAUUCUUGUUAAAAAUGGAGGUAAUGGAACUGAUAAAAGAAAUUGUUCAUCAAAAUAUUACCGGCCGGCAGUGGAUAGCAAGUGAAGCUUGGAGUUCUUUCGCUGCAUUGGCCAGCAAUGAGAAGUUUGACUACUUUGGUGGAACACUAGGCAUCGCUGCAAGGAGAGGGGAGCUCUCAGGACUGGAGGAGUUUCUUUUUCAAAUUCAGCCACAACUUGACCCACACAAUAGCUUAUUGCCUCUGUUUUGGGAGGUCAUGUUUGGUUGUAAGCUUUACUUCAGUGAAGCAAAAUCUAAUUUAUCAAGUUUGGGUGAAGGCAAAAUCUGCACCGGUGCAGAGAAAAUCAGGGACAUGAAGACUGAGUUCAGUGAUGUGUCACAGCUAAGAGCUUCUUAUAAUGUCUACAAAGCUGUGUAUGCUGUUGCUCAUGCCCUCCAUGAUUUAAUGUCUUGUGAAAGAGGAAAUGGACCAUUUGAGAAUAAUACAUGUGCGGAUAUUACAAGCUUUCAGCCGUGGCAGCUUUUGUAUUAUCUAAGGAAAGUGAAUUUCACUAACCAUUUAGGAGAGAGGGUAACUUUCGAUGAAAAUGGAGACGCUCUCCCAGCAUUUGACAUUGUGAACUGGCAGCGAAAAGCCGAUGGGACUGUGGUCAGUAAAACAGUGGGUGUUUUUGAUCAACUGACAAUGACAUACCACCAGCUUUCUCUUCAAAAAGAUCACAUUUUUUGGAAUUUUGACUCUAGAACAAUUCCAGAGUCUGUCUGCAGUAAAAGCUGCCAACCAGGAACAAGAAAAGCCACCAGGAAAGGAGAGCCGGUGUGUUGCUUUGACUGCAUACUGUGUGCAGAAGGAACAUUUAGUAAUCAAACUGAUUCCUCUGAAUGUCAUAUGUGUCCUCUGGAUUCCUGGUCAAAUCCAAAAAGAACUGUUUGCCCGUUGAAGGAAAUUGAAUUUCUUUCUUACGAAGACGCAAUGGGAUUGACAUUAACAUUAAUAGCAUUUUUUGGAGCCUGCUCAUCUAUUUCUGUGAUGGUGAUUUUCCUUGUUUUUCGAAACACACCAAUGGUGAAAGCUAACAACUCUGAACUGAGCUUUCUCUUACUUUUUUCACUAACUUUAUGUUUUCUCUGUUCACUCUGCUUCAUUGGUGAACCUUCAAAUCUGACCUGCAUGUUUCGACAUGUAGUGUUUGGUAUCAGUUUUGUUUUAUGCAUUUCCUGCAUUCUUGUAAAAACAAUUGUAGUAAUAAUGGCCUUUAAAGCAACAGUGCCUGGUAAUAAUGUAACGAAAUGGUUUGGAAUUUCCAGGCAGAGAGGCACGGUUUUCUUCUUUACAUUUAUUCAGGGUUUCAUAUGUUUAAUCUGGUUAAUGACAGCACCUCCCACUCCAGCUAAAAACACAAAAUAUCACCAUGCAAAGAUUAUAUUGGAGUGCAACUUUGGAUCAGUGGUGGGAUUUAGUUGUCUCUUUGGGUACAUUGGUCUGCUAGCUUGUGUGUCGUUUCUCUUGGCGUUCUUGGCCAGACGUUUACCUGACAAUUUCAAUGAAGCCAAAUUCAUCACUUUUAGUAUGCUUAUCUUCUGUGCAGUAUGGAUAGCAUUCAUACCUGCUUAUAUUAGCUCUCCUGGCAAGCACACAGUAGCUGUGGAGAUUUUCGCCAUUCUGUCCUCUAGUUUUGGCCUACUAAUUGCAAUAUUUGCCCCAAAAUGUUAUGUCAUUCUCCUUCAACCAGAAUAUAAUACUAAGAAAGCACUACUUGGGAAAGAAUUUAAGAAAAAGUAA